AUGCCCGUCCAGUCGACUUUGCCAGACGUGUAUGCGACGUCAUCACACGACAUUAUGUUUCCGAACAUCAACGCAGCAACAGGACCAAAGGAAGCCUCAUCACGACAAAUUGCAGACGGCAUCAUCGAACUUGAAGCAAAAGGAAACACGAACACAACAGGUACACUACGCUUCCAGUGCAGUACCUUCGAUCGAACAACAACAAGACAACAGAGCGUCGGAAACGAAAUAGUGGCCUCAACCAGCUCCUAUGACCCUACGCCGACAUCACCAUCUACAUCUGUUCUUCUGAUGUGCGCUGAAGUAGAAGUCUUCAAUCCAAACACUCCAGAGCAAGUCGUCAAGACGACUGCCUUUCUCGAUAGUGGAUCCAGCAGAAGUUACAUCACUACGGACCUAGCAAAUAGACUUGCGCUUCCAACCGAGGAGACUGAAGAAAUCUCCAUGUUCACAUUCGGAACAGAGAAACCAGUACCUCUUUCUGCGACUCAUCACGCCAUAGGACUUCAAACACACAAAGGACCUGAGAUUCUCUACGUGAAAGCCAUUCAACACUUGACGAACGAUCUAAAAAUGGUCACAUUAAGAGAGGACAUCGGAACAGUGACCACCUUCACUACUGAGUCAAGAAAGCCAUCUAUACUCAUCGGUGCGGACUAUUUUUGGAACAUCAUCCUUUCCGACGAUUUCUACGUGAAAACCUUACCAUCUGGCUAUCAAAUAGUACACUCAUCUAUUGGCGAUAUUGUCACGGGAAAGCCAUUGCGAACAGAAGAAGCUGCAAAUUACUGCUACAACUCCACUACUGAUGAGCUCGAGAAGUUGGACAAACUUUUACAGCGUUUCUUCGAUCUCGAAUCACAGGGAAUAGUGGACACCGAUAUGACAGCUGAUGACGAAAUGUGCAUGAGGAAAUUCAAUGAAACAAUCUCCUACGAUAUAGACGAAAACUCCAAAAUUCUCGGUAUCUCAUGGAACGUCAGGUCUGAUCAGUUCACCAUCAAACUUCCAACUCUACCAGAUCCUGACAUCACAUGGACGAAACGACAAGUACUCAAAAUUGUUGCCAAGACAUACGACCCACUAGUCUCUGUGGAAGGAGAGGCUAGGAUGGGACGAAGCUCUACCACAACAUCUUCUGAAAUUUGGAAGGACAUCACAUCAAGCUGGACUGCGACAAACAUCAAAAUCGAGCGAAAACUGCUGAAA